AUGACCUUCUUGAACAACGGUGCAAGCGCCGUGGAAGCUGUCGAAAUGGCUAUCAGAGUCCUUGAAGACAAGGAGAUCACGAACGCAGGUUUCGGUAGCAAUCUAUCAAUGGAUGGCACUGUCGAAUGUGAUGCCACCAUCGUUGAUCACUAUGGUCGAAGUGGCGCGGUUGGCGCUGCAGGAUGCAUCCGAAAUCCCAUCCAUCUUGCACGACUCAUCCUGGAACAUUCAACAAAGCCACUAUCUCUUCGCCGGGUUCCUCCAAAUCUGCUGGUCGGUCAAGGAGCUACAGACUUUGCCUAUGACCUGGGCAUGCCGGUAGUCAAUGCUGAUUACCUUGUGUCUGCAGCUGCUGCAGAACGCUAUGCAAGAUGGAAGAUAGAUUUAAGAAAAUCGCGGAGGACCGGAGAGAGCGAGAGCGACUUUGAGUCCGAUGCACCAAUAUCAAAGGAUGAGAGCCGCAAGGUCGGACACGAGCAUGACAGCCACAACAUGGAUUUGGCUCCCUGCUGGAACGAGAGCCAGCCUUACUCGCCGCGAUUAGGUGCGACUGUUCCACCUUACUCCGAAGCCAGCUACACAUUAGAUUCGAUGGCUCAACCAGCAAAGAAACGUCACGUUUGGAGUUCUAACGAGCCAGGCAAUGAUGGACAAUUCUCGAUCAAGACUCACGUUGACGAUAAUGACAGUGGUGACAGUUUUAUUGAUGAAAAUCCUUACUGGCUACAGUCUCAAGGCAAACGUUCCCCCAAACCCCGUACCUCGUCCAGUAUGGCCGCAGAAGUCGAUGAAUCGACCGAUGAUGGUAGCCGCAGGCUUCCUGUAACGCCGACGCCGCCUCCCCCUACGAGGAGCCACUCACCACGGUUCUACGAUAAUACUAAGUCUGAGGACCAUGACGAGAUGAUGGAGAGAACGGCGAGCAUGACCUCAAGGCCAGACGAUAUCACUGAUACUGUCGGCGCCAUUGCUAUAGACUGUCAUGGACACAUAGCUGCCGGAUCCUCAUCUGGAGGAAUUGGCAUGAAGCAUAAGGGUCGUGUUGGCCCCGCAGCGUUAGUCGGCAUUGGUACUGCUGUGAUACCGGUCGAACCGGAAGACAAAGAUAAAACGAGCGUUGCAACCGUCACCAGUGGUACGGGUGAGCACAUGGCUACCACAAUGGCUGCGGGGACGUGUGCCAGUCGGCUUUAUUCUUCCUCAAAGAGGGGUAGGAAAGGUGGCUCCGAGUCGACAGAUGAUGACAAUGCUAUGCGAGCUUUCGUCGAGAGGGACUUCAUGGGACAUCCUAGUGUGAAGCAAAGCCAUUCCGCUGGUGCCAUUGGCAUCUUGGGUGUCAAAAAGACAGUGGAUGGGGCGUACUUGUACUUCGCCCACAACACUGACUCGUUUGCUGUAGCAUCGAUGGGCACGAACGACAAAGACCCCAGAUCUGUGAUGUCUCGUGGCAAAGGCGAUAGCCAAGUAGUUCAUGGUGCUCGCCUCAUUAAGCAUCACCGAUGGACUUCCGGAUCCCGUGGCACAUGGCCUGCAGACGCAAAGCUAGAAGAUUUUCUAGAACCUGAUACUGAACUGGACCCCACGGCUAAGCGCCGGAAAACGAAACGUGCCUCGAAAGAGCGAGUCGGGAGAACACAAAAGAUACAAAACCCAGCUUGA